GCAGCGCCCGGAGCCGCGCAGAGCGGGCGGAGGGGGGCGGACAUUUUGUGGGCCCGGCGCGGCUCCGCCCGGUGGGGCGGGACCAGCGGCAGCCAUGGCGGAGUGGGGCCGAGGUGCGAGCGCUGGGAGCGAGGAUGUGCUGGACGCGGAGAACAAGCGCAUGGCGGAGAGCCUGGCCGGCAAGGUCACCCGGCUCAAGGCGCUGGCGCUGGACAUCGACAAAGAUGCGGAGGAGCAGAACCGUUACCUGGAUGGCAUGGACUCGGACCUGCUGAGUGUGACGGGGCUGCUGACGGGCAGCGUGAAGCGCUUCUCCAGCAUGGCGCGCUCCGGCAGGGAGAACCGGCGGCUGCUCUGCUCCGUCUCAGCUGGGCUCAUCCUGCUCUUCGUCAUCCUCUACUACCUGGUGGCCAAAGCAGGGACUUGAGCUGCUCUGCGGGUUUCACAGGACAGCAAACACAGUGACUGACAGAACUGCUCAUCUGGCUCUGCCCCGUGGUGGAGGCCUCCAGGUGUUCCAGACAGACCUUCCAAAUAACCUCUGUCCACCGGCUUCUCCUCCUUGUUCUGCUGGUCUGAGACAUCUCUAUAAAAUUAUGUGGUUCUAAACAG